AUGAAACGCAGCUUCAGUGGAUCCCCACUGAAAGCACGCACAGGGGGAUCGUCUGAGUCAAACGAAUGCCUCAGUGGAAUGGGGAGCUUCGGUGCGGCUUCGAGGGUCUCCGUAACCAGACCAAACGCAGACUCAGGGGUGCAGUUAGAGAUACCUUUAGAUGUGGUCGAGGAGAUCUUGCUGAACCUGCCCGCUCAUCAGGUGGUGCGAGUGUGUCGUCUGGUGUGUCCUGAGUGGAAAGAGCUGGUGGACAGUGCUGCACACUGGAGAGAGCGCUGUCGGAGAGAGGGGAUUCAGCCCUGUGAUGCUUCCAGACCGCCAGUGGACUGGUGCCAGUUUUACAUCCUAAAUAAGAAUCGACGUAACCUGAUCAAGAAUCCCAAAGCUGAAGCUGGAUUGCAGGGAUGGGAGAUUGCGGGUAAUGGAGAUGCCUGCUGGCUGACAGAAGAAAAUAGAAAACCAUUUCCGGAAAACACAGUCACCAGAUGUUUUGUAUCAUUUAAUGGGUUGUGUUUGAAGCGACAGCUGAUUGAUUUGCAGAAAGAAGGCUACAGUGCUGCUUUCAUGGAUCAACUGCAACCUGACAUUAAAAUCUCAGACUGGUAUACCACAAACACUCAUUACAAAAACCUAUAUCAAGUCAAUAUGCAACUGCUUGAUGAGGAGAUGCAAGCCAUUACUAGUUAUCAUCCGUAUAAAAUGUUUCUGGAAGGGGACAAUUAUCCAUGGUGUGAGAUAACACAUGUCUUCCGAAAUUAUGGACCUGGUGUUCGGUUUAUCCGUUUCACUCAUGGUGGGUUGGGUAAACAGACCCCGAGGGGCCAUAAUGGAAUAAGACUCACUAACAGCAGCGUGGAGAUCUGUCCAGCUGCAGAGAGACGGACUUCAAGGAUGGAAGAUGGUACAUAG